UGUAGUAACAGCUACCUAGACACUGAUCUGAGAGCAGCCUUUUCAGUUUCGAAUAAUCCCUUUUAAGCUAACACGAAUACGUUAAACUGACUCGAGAACAACAGUUUGUAUGCCGUAUCGCUCUUCACUUAUCACGUUUUGUAAACUUGUAACCGCUUCCUUGUUUCAGCAGCGGUUCUGUCAAGGUCCAAACAUGGCCCUGAGUGUUUUAUAUCACAGCCUGGGCUGCCGGUUGUUUCACAGUAACGUUAAAGUCUUACAAAAAUGUACUCAGGCCCAAGCUGUCAGACUCGCACACAAUGUUUUACGGAGAGAAACUGGACUGAAACACACACGGUCGCCGCGUAGAGUUCACUGCUGCCUGGUGAGUGUGAGUCAGUGGCACACCUGCAGAACAACUCAAUGGCUGUAUCACCACUCCGCAAGAACAUUUUCCUCAUUACCUCCACCGCCCUCAUCAGGGGAUAAGAAGAAGAAGUCUGGGCCUGUGACAUGGAAAUCUUUAGCAAUAACAUUUGCUAUUGGAGGCUCUCUGCUUGGAGGGAUGAAAUAUUUCAAGAAAGAAAAGGAAGAACUGAUUGAAAAAGAGCGGACCAAAUCAAUCGGUCGACCAGCGCUGGGCGGUCCGUUCUCGCUCAUCGAUCACAACAACAAGCCCUCCAAGAGCGAGGACUUCCUCGGCCAGUGGGUCCUCAUCUAUUUUGGGUUUACUCACUGCCCGGACAUCUGCCCGGAAGAAAUCGAGAAAAUGAUUGAAGUGGUGGAUGAAAUAGAUAAAAUACAGUCUCUUCCAAACCUGACGCCCAUCCUCAUCACCAUUGAUCCUGACAGGGACACACCAGAGGCCAUGGCUGCAUACGUGAAAGAGUUUUCCCCAAAGCUGAUUGGCCUGACGGGAACAACAGCUCAGAUUGAGCAGGUUUCCAGAUCCUACAGAGUGUAUUACAGUCAGGGACCAAAGGAUGAAGACAACGACUACAUUGUUGAUCACACGAUCAUCAUGUACCUUGUGGGACCCGACGGAGAAUUUGUGGAGUAUUUUGGACAGAACAAAAGAAAUGUGGAGAUCACCAACUCAAUAGCAGCACAUAUGAGAAAGUACAAGAAGGCAAAGUGAGCAGCAGCCCAUUAAAAGCCCACUAUGGACUGACGGAUUCUGUCCUCAGGUGUUUGAUUUUGUUCAUUUAGAUCACUACUGCCAUCUUAUAUUGGCGCCCUGUAUUUAUUUUGAAUGUGUCUUCCGUUCGAUGAGUGGUGUGCAGAAGAAAACAGGUCUGAUGCCUGAUGCUGUUCUCCAUUAUUAUCCAUAAUACACUUCACGCUGCUGCUGAAUGGACAUAAUUUGGAAAAGGCUGCUUCCUGCUUGAAAAGUUGUGCACAUCAGCUCCAGUGAGCUCAAUAUCUCGAUCUGAUGCAAAUAUAAGGAAAUACCUGAAGACAAAUGUUGGAAAUGAAUUUGAUUUUGUGAUCAAAUCCAAAAUACAACUAUGCGUUAAUCAUAAAUGCGUUAAUUAAUAUUAUUAUUAUUAUUAUUGUGCUUAACAGGCAAUACUUGGUUCCUUGUAAGAUAAAAAGUUUGUUAUGAUUAUGUCCAGAUGUAUUAGUGAGAAACUAUUGAUCAGGACUGAACCGAAAGCCUAUGUGUAGGAUUUGAAAAUGUCUGACUCUGGAGACUCCCAGUGGUAGUGGUAUCAAGGCACUACAGCAGACUGCACCAAGUUUCACCAGUAUUGUAACUUUAAAAGUAUGAAUUGAGUAAAAAGUGAAAUCGGGGAAGAAGAGAUUGUUAGUAUUUUAAAAAACUAGACCCAGUGCUUUAAUGCAUAUAAGAGAGUCUGAAAGGAAACACACCAACAAGCCACAGUCAGAGUAGGAUUUGAACCCUAUAGACCUUUCAGUUGGGAGGCAGCUGUUCUAAGUAUGAUGGAUGAUGAUAGAUUACUUUAUUAAUCACAAUGGGAAAUGCAUUUUUGUAUAAUCUGUAUUUAUAUCUGCCAGGAAAACAGGCUGAAUUAGCUAAAUUAGCCAAACACCACACUGUGUCAGCGGGAUAGUCGUGUGAAAGUGAGGUAUGGAAAUUGAAAGCCAGUCGUUGUCACUGAGAGAAAGGAGGCUGGUGGGAACAUUUUGAUGUAUAAUAUUUGUAUGAAUGAGUGACAACUGCGCGUGAAGGGUGAGAGCAGUACCAUAUUUUAUUCUUGUCUCAAAAACCACAGCUUUGGUAUGACAAAAUGUUUUAUCUAUAUUUUUUGUGAGGAUUUGUGCACUAAGUUCUUGGUUCCUUCUAUUUCACUUGAACUGGGCAGUGAUCAGUAAUAGUCAAUGAAAAAAAAUCACUUUCUGUUAGACUGAUCAUCAGCUGAUGAAGAUUUAAUUCAAAACACUGCUCUUUUAGCUUGUAGCACCCGUAAUGAGUAAUUGCUUUCAGACGGAGGUUAACAGAUUGAUAAUAUCAUUAAAAGCCUCACUGUUUGCUGGAGGAGGCUGAUGACUUCCAGUAAUAGAUUAAUUUAACAUCCCUCACAUUGGGGGGGGGGGGGAUUUAUUAAUAUUCAAGAGGAGCUACAGUAUGUUUAGAGAAAUAAUACAUUUAUUCUAACCUGAUCUUGCCACCAGCCAGUGUUGAUUUUAUUAAUAUCUUUUCUGUCUGCACACCUGUCGUGUUCCUCCUUUAGAAAUUGGAUUAGAAAAGCAAACAGCAGUUGUUCAGCUCUCCGCAGCCAGACACCACACUCAUUCCUGGAGGAGAGAGGCCUUUCAGCUCCGACCACCGGCACAUGCAGCAAAUAGAUUUCUGGAUUGAUUGAAGUUAUUUUAAAAAAAAAACUCUUCAGUGUCUCUCCUGAGCCUUUAUUCUGUUUGUUUCCGAGCAUUUAACUCGAAAUAACACAAAGACCUUUUGUAUUCCUGAUUUUAGUUUUUUAGUAAUUGUGAUUUUGGUGAUAUGAAUGAACACUCAAAAGUUUCAAUCCUGAAAGUUAAACAAGAUUAAUUUCAACCACCUGUGUUAGUUCUAAGUGAGACUGAUCACAAAAAGCGGUUUCCUAAUUCCACAAUAAAACCAGUUCUAAGGAGGUAUAGAGUAUGUGGUGCAUUCACAUUGAAAAGUGACUAAAUUAAAGGAAAAACAUUUUGGAAA